AUGGCUCGCUUUUGGUGGGGAAAUGAUACUACCCGGAAGAAAGUUCACUGGAAGAGUUGGAAGAAUCUUUGUUCUCCUAAGUGCCUAGGGGGCAUGGGCUUCAGGGACUUACGAGUCUUCAAUGAUGCCCUCCUUCGUAGACAAGCAUGGAGGCUAACCAGUAACCCAAAUUCUCUCCUCAAUAAGGUGUUAAGUGCGAAAUAUUAUGCGGGCAAGAGCUUCCUUGAAGAAAAUUUGGGUUAUGGAGGUAGUUUCUCUUGGCGCAGCAUAUGGUCUUCGAAGGCCCUUUUCAAGGAGGGGUUGCUUUGGAGGAUAGGGAAUAGAACAACAAUCGACAUAUGGCAUGAUCCUUGGGUUGAUAAUGGCGAAAGCAAGUUCAUUACCACCCCUUGUUCGGAUGUUGUGACUUGGGUAAGUGACUUAAUAGACCACGACUCUCGCCAAUGGGAUGUUCAACGCAUCGAAAAUAUUUUCAAUGUUGAAGACAUUCGUAGCAUACUAGCAAUAUAA